AUGAGUGGGGGAAGCGGCUACAGUAACGGCUAUGGGUACUCCGGCGCUAGCCGGUAUGACCCCGGUGAUGGCGGUUAUGGCAAUAGCAGCCUCGGCGCGAAUGGGUACAGCGGCCGAGGCGCUGGGAGUCCAGCUGGAGGGGCGGGAGGAGAAAGAGGAGGCGCAGGAGGUGGAGGUCGCGAUCGCCGCCCUGGUGGCUAUGGCGGAUUUCUUCCUGAGACGUCACAGCAGCCGUCUCUCGCACCACCAGGGCCGGCAUCUCCAGAGCGCCGGCGCGAUCGGGCAGAUCGUGAUCGACAGCAACAGCCGCCACAGUCUACCUCCCGGUCACGGACAAGAAAUGGGCCGACAGAUAGAAGACACCAAGGUGGAAGGGAUGAUCGCUCCCUGGAUGCCAUGCAGUACCAAGAAAGUCGGAAUCGAGAGAGGAAUGGACCUGAUGCCAGGGUAGUGCAGAGCAAUACAGCUGAAAUGCAGUCUGUGGAAGAUGUUCUCCAGUCUAUCCAGCAGGAUUGGGAUUUUAUGACCGACGCUGAAUGCAUUCCAGUCCAAGUCGCCCUCAGCUUGAUGGACACAAGCACAUUGGGAAAGGCAGACCGAGAGCCCGACUUUUUGCACAUGUACAACCAGAUCCAGAGAACGCUCAAGGCAAUUGUGAACGAGCACCACCAGGGCUUCAACAGCUCCAUCGGAACGUACCACAAGAUCCAGUCUAAUAUUUCAAGCUCUCAAGGCCGGGUGCGCAACUUGAGGAACUCCCUGGAGGAGGCUAAGUCUGGGCUGCUGUCUACGAAGCCGGAGCUGAAAGGGCUAGCCACUUCGUCGCAGAAUUAUGACGACCUCUUGCAGCUGUUUGCUCAGAUCGAAGAGAUCCAGUCUCUUCCGGAGAAGCUCGAGUCCCGCAUUUCCGACAAACGGUUCCUUGCGGCAGUGGAAGUUUUACACACUGGACUGCGAUUACUGCGACGCUCUGAGCUCGAAGAAAUUGGUGCACUGGCCGACAUCCGUGCCUACUUCAACAACCAAGAGAUCUCCCUCACAGAUAUUUUGAUUGAAGAGCUGCAUGACCACUUAUACCUCAAGUCCCCGUACUGCUCAGAUCGAUGGAAGGCACCAACCGGGGAAGGGGAUAUCAACUCGAGCAGCUGGAGUGGAAACCGUCCGUGGGAUCGCCCUGUCUACAGUUUCCUGGCCAAAUUUGACGCGUCAACACCGAUGAUUGAGGAUGCGUCUCGAAAUCCCGAAGCAGAUACCUUCUCCUACAUUCAGCUGUUGAUCGAAGCUUUGAACAAGAUGGGACAUCUUGACACCGCUGUUGAUCGAAUUGCUCAACGUCUGCCUGUGGAGCUUUUUACUGUGGUCGACAAGACAAAUGCCGAAGUGGAUGCUCGUUAUCCUACCCCGAAUCGAACAUUCUCAUCUCACGACAACCAACUCAAGUCCAAUCUGCCAACUGAAACCAUUGAAGAGCGCGGUCAUGUCCUUACUGAGUUCCUUUGGUCUCUCUACGCCAAGUUUGAGGCUAUUGCAGAGGGCCACCGAGUUGUCCAUGAUGUCGUUGCAGCAAUUAUGGGACGUGAAGGUACUGCUAAAAGCGAGAUGUUCUCUGGUGGAUUUAAGGAACUGUGGAAACUUUUGCAAAGCGAGAUCCGGUCCCUGCUACAUGACUACCUUGCAACUGAUGGGGAGACCUCUUUCAGGUCCCGAGGCGACGAGGCAGAUGCUCAGCGAUAUCUCUCCGUUGGUAACAGGGAUAAGAACAAGAAAAUGUUCAAGCUGUCCGAGAUCGAGCAGAGCUCGGAAAUGAAGGCUGAGCAAGAUGAGCUGGAUGAGAUCCUUCAGUCAUCUGUUCCAGGUCUGGUAUCCAAGACACGACAGAAGACCUCGGCGAACGAUGCCUCGCCCUCAAGGCAAGGCAAUUCAGGAACUGGACAUAAAAUCUUGCUUGAGCCUAGUGUCUUCAAUAUGAGGCUGCUUCUACCGCCGUCGCUGUCUUUCAUUCAGCGUCUCAAGGAUAUUGUACCGGUUGACUCGGAUAUCUCCAUGAGCACCUUGACCACUUUCCUUGAUGACUUCAUGGUCAAUGUCUUCCUUCCUCAAUUGGACGAGACUGUGACAGAUCUGUGUACGCUCAGCUUCAUCGCUGCUGAUGCAUUCACUGAAGACCCGCAAUGGACCAAGGUCUCACCUCGACCCAUUUUUAAGGGUACCGUCAAGUUCAUGUCCAUCGUGCGGGAGUUCAGCAAGAUGUUGUCGAGCAUCCCGCACGAUCAGGCAUUUACACAGCUUUUGAUUGAUCAGAUUAUGACUUACUACGAUAAAUGCUGCGGUUGGUAUAAAGCAAUGGUCACGAAAGUUUCUGCACGAAACCAUGGCGGCGAAGUGCGAUUGAAGGCUGCUGCUGCAUUUGCCGAGUCCGGUGAUAUCCAUGACGUGGUUGAUGAACUGCGGAAGGGAGCCAGUGCGAAGAAGCAAACACUUAUUGAUACGGAAAUUGAUCUCCUUCUCAAACGGACCGAUCAGGUUCCCCUGGAGCCGUACGAUAUCAUAUCAGAUCCGAAGACUGUUGUCGCCCUGUCGCUUUUGUAUAACAGUAUGCAAUGGCUGGGAAGCCACCUUGCAAAGAUCAGACGGGUCGUCGACUCCGCUUCGGAGUCAGAGUCGUCUGCCUUGACUGCGAAUGGUCGCCCGUCUCGCCGAUGGACCCUCUUUGGAGCGAUGAAGCCCACACGUGACAGCAUCAACACGCCUGUAUAUUUGCCGCUCAACCACGAGACGGCAGCAGCAUUCGAUCAAACUCUUGACUCGCUGCAUGGGCUUGGAUCCAAUGCUCUUCUGACCUUGCAUGUUGAUAUCCGUUGUGGUAUUAUCCAUAUGCUGACGAAGACCAUGUCGGGACCCAACCCGCCGACUGUGCGGAAUUCUGAACCCCUGACACCGUCUCCCAGCACCAGCGAGAGCUGGUGGCAUAUCGUCAUGAACCAGCCGACGGCGGCGUCGCCCACGAUUCUUCAACUGAACGGUGAUCUGAUCCGCUUCGACACGAAUAUCUCAACCUACUUGGGCUCCGCCGAGCAUUGGUUCAUCACAUCUGGGCUGGCGCGAUUCAUCGACCGGGUGUUUGUGGCUUGCACCCGCUAUAUUGGCGCCAUGAACGCGAACGGUGCUCUUCGUCUCCAGCUCGACGUGCUUGUUCUGCAGCAGAACUUGAAGAAUAUCAUCAUUGACCCCACCGCCGAGUCAACGGAAGGGACUGAGUCUCCAUCCCAGGAGGUGGUGGCGCUGCCGAGGAGUGCCAAGUUCUUGGACUGGUUCCUAGAGGGGGCAGAGAAAGCCCUGGACUACGCUAAGGACGAGAAGGAGGCGUUCGCCGCACAUGGGGACCAAGCCCUGGCCGCUGGAAAUGGCGAGCCGUUCACCUACGAUGAGCUCCGAGUUCUUGUGGACCUGUGUUUCUCCGAGAUUUCGCGCGGACCCCGGGGUGCCGAAAGUCGGGAGGAUUUCAUGGCAGCGAAGAAGGCCAGCGCCGAUGCGCUGUUGCGCCUGAAUGAGAUCAUGUGGGAUGCGCGUUAG